AUGGAUAGAGUUAACAUCUUUAAGUUGGCAUUCUUCAUGGCAUUCUUGGUACUCAACCUCAAAACAGAGUGCCAGAGGGUGCAAUUGCCACCUAUUGCUCCUCGUCCACUUUGUAUUUCUCAGUUUGCGCUCGUGAACCACGCCUGUGCAGCGCUGCCGUUCAACACAGGCGCUCCUCCCUCCCGUCCAUCCCCACCGCCCUCAUCUUUUUCUCCUCCAGAGCACGAACACAGACACAGGCAUGCACACGGGCAUAGGCAUCAUGGGCACAGAGAGACAACCAUAGAACAGAAUUGUUGCCAGUGGUUGAAGGACGUAGACAAUGAAUGUGUGUGCGAUCUACUGCUUCAUUUGCCACCUUUCCUUUCCCGGCCCAUCCACCAGUACACUGUUAUGGUUGAUGACUCGUGCAAUGGGUCAAUUCCGCACCGCGGUAAGGAUUCAUACCAUCAAUUUGCUGUGGAUUGA